CCCCAGGCAUCGCGGCCGCCCUGCCCAAAACGACCAAAGCCAUCUUUUGACACCUCCGCACUCUUGGUUGGGAAAAGGGUCUUUGCUUGUUUGCCUCCAGGCCUCGUCCCGUCUCCUGUCCAUCACUCACUCGCCCUGCUGUCUGUCUUUUUUCUCUACUUACCUAUCUGCCUGCCUGCCUCUCCUCCCGCCCUUUGCUGCAUCUGUCUGCUCGUUUGUACCUUGUCCCAUAAUCCCUCUGCUGCCAAUCAUUGCACCUUGAAGUUUGGACCUGUACGCUACAGUGGCCAUCCUGUUCCUGUAGACAGCAUUUGGUGCAAAUCUCGCCAGAUUGUUUCCUCACCGCAUCGCACCAUCCGCCCGACCAAUUCGCCCGCACCCAAGCCGACUGCUGUGCGCAUUGCCAGCCCGGCCAUUUCAGAUCGAGCCGCCACAGAUUCACCCUGUCAUCAGCGCUUGCCAGAGUGCCAGAUUGCUUGCCAGAGCUUCUCUGAACAGUUACACCGCCCACCUGCCCUUUGAAACGCGAAUUUCGCUCCCUCCCCCGCUACCACGCACACACAAGCCUCUCUCCGCCCGAGUACCUGCACCACAAUCGCCUGUACAACCACCUCGAAAUCAAUGCCUGCUUAAUCCUAAGCUCGUCCAUCUAGACAAAGUGCGCAGUGCACCCUCGUUUACCAGCUGUCACUCGUUACUCCCGCCCACCACCACCUCAAAGCCCUCGGCCAUUUGCUCUCUCUCUGCAGCUCCCCGACCCUUUACUCGCCAUUGCCGUUCGAUACGCCGUCUGCCAACUCUCACAGCAAUAUGGCAACCAAGAUAACAACCCCCUGUCGGGGCUCGCAUGCCGCCCCUCUCGCCCUCGACCCCAAGAACCGAUCGAAAACCGCCGCCAACCCAAGGCAGGAAUCCAAGAAACCGGCAUCGGAGGAGAGCCUGUUGGCAUACAUUUGUGCGCGGAUAUGUGAGCAUCAAUUCGGCAUUGCUGUCAAUCUGCUACUUCUCCUUGCCCUUACACACAGUUUCUUUCCCCGAGCUCGACGGCGCACCUCCACAUUUUUUCGACUUUCCUACUACAAUUCUGAAACCGAUCAAUACGGGUGCGGCACCGACGAUCUGCCUUUUGUGGCCCUGUGGCUUGUCAUGUUCACUGGCUUGAGGGUCGCUGUGAUGGAGUACUUUCUAGGCCCGGCCGCUGGAUGGAGUGGAAUCAAGACCAGAAAAGGAGUGGAGAGGUUCAAGGAACAGGGCUGGCUGAUUUGCUACUGUGUCUGUUCGUGGUCGCUCGGCAUGUACAUCAUCUACAACUCUGAAUUUUGGUUUAAUGUCCACGGUCUAUGGAGGGGGUGGCCUUUCCGCGAGAUCACCGGCCUCUCCAAGUUCUACUAUCUCUUCCAGACCGCAUUUUGGCUCCAGCAGAUCCUUGUCGUCAACAUCGAAGAGAGGCGAAAAGAUUAUCACGAGAUGUUCACACACCAUAUUUUUACCUGCAUUCUUCUCUUCCUGUCCUAUGGGUACUACCACACCCGCGUUGGCAUUGUUAUCCUCUGUCUCAUGGAUCUCGUAGAUAUUAUCUUGCCUACCGCCAAACUUCUCAAAUACACCGGCUUCUCUAAUGCCUGCGACGUUUUCUUCGGCCUAUUCGUGGUUACCUGGCUCAUAACCCGACAAAUAUUCUUCCCAAUCGUAUGCUGGUCCAUCUACAAGCACGCUCCUACUGACAUGGAGCCCGGCUGCUACUUCCCCGACGGUCGCGUGGUACUCUCGAAUCAGACCGUCGAAUACGAAUCCCUCGGCGGCCAUCUUGUGUGGCCCAACCUUGUCAAGGCAUACACAGAUCGCGACGGACCCGUGUGCUGGAAUCCUACAAUCCGCUACAGCUUCCUUACGUUGCUACUGGCGCUCCAGGUGUUGAUACUUGUCUGGUUCUCAAUGAUCAUUAAGGUGAUCUACAAGGUACUCCGUGGACAGCCCGCCGACGAUGUGAGAUCCGACGAUGAAGGCGAAGACGAGAAGGAAGAUAUAGAAGAGGAGCUGGAGCGCGUGACCCACCACCAAGUCAACGAGGCCAAUACUGGAAUGGAGUGGACUCCUGUGGAGCAAGAAGUUGGUGUCGAGUCGCUGACAUUCUCCAAGCGGAGGGAGAGAAGUUCUAGAAGUUCUGGAAGUUCGAGGGCAAGCGGCAUCAGCAUUCCUGGACACGUGGAUCGCAAGGAGUUGCUUGGAAGAAUCGGGUGUGACAAGCCAGCCUGAACGGGGUUCCCUUGUACGGACUCUAUUCUUGUUUUUGCAUCAUUUCUCUCCCAUCAAUCAAUCUUCCUGACAUGCCUUGGCCUAUCUUUUCGUCCUCUGUCCACCCUCUCUAUUCUUUUCCCUUUAGACCGCUUUCCCCCUUUUCUAUAGGCUAGUUUUGGUAAUUUCUCAGUCUUGAACCUUCCAGUGUCCCAUGCACAUACCCCUGCUACGCGACGUCUGCAUGCGAUGAAAAAGUGUGACGUCCGAAAUAGAAAGUUUUUGUUAUGUUGUGGUUACCCAUUUAUGAAUGCCAAAUGUUUCUGAUCUCUACUCUAAACGUACUUUGUUCAGUUUGCGUGUACAUGGAAACAACACGUAUCGUCCAAGUUCUUGAACAUAUUUUUUUCUUCCAAGUCGCACUAAGUCUAUUAUUUGACCAUCGCACUUCUAUGCGGCACAAACACUUGGUAUUGUAAAUCACACCUACAUCGUACUAGGAUUAAAGAUCCGAACACAUGCCCGAGCAGCUUCUCUUGCACGUCAAUCCCCCUGUAUAUACGAGCUAGCUAGCUGAACAGCCACGUAUGGUACGGUACCACGGUUAUACUUCACAAAGCAAGCUAGACACCUUUAGACCCGGAAGAAAUGAGAAAGGGCAGACCCACAUAGCCGAGUCAAAAGACCGCACACGCUUGUCCUUUACCAACAUUUCCCAUUAUUUUCUCUCUCUCUCUUCUCGUUGGUUUGAAGUGGGAUAUAAAACUAAUU